GGUGCGCUCUGCCGCCUGUCUGUCAGCGUCUGUGUGGAGCCGAUGAAAGCGCGUCUCCAGAGGGGAUCAGGACUGAUUUAGCCCUCACAUCUGACUGUGUGUGCAGAAAUAAGGCCGUGUGUAAAGACGGCAACACACCAGUUGCAUGUAUGCAACAGAUGUCGGCUAAUAAUAACAACCUGCUGCGCCUUUAAGAGGAUGACUGAGGAGGAAACUUAAUAUCUCUCCACAUCGAGUCUUCAUCAAUUAACAGUGAGAGCCGACAUCAGGGCGAUAUCUGAAUCUGUCCCUCUGCUCUGCUCUCCAAACCUGCUUUCUGUUGUUGUUGUUUUUCUUUUGUCACACAUAAACCGGAUUCAAUUACGCAUUGCACCUUUAAGAAGCUGUCACCAGGAUUAGAGUUACGCGCAGUGAGCCAAGCCGUCCUCCGGAGGGGUUUUACGCACCGUCGGUUCCCAGAGCAGGGUCUCUCCCUCAGCGACAUUUCUCCGUCUGUCUCUCUCCGUCUUCGCUCGUCCUGACACCGCCGGGGAGCCCUCCACGCCACGCGACAUGGCCGAGAUAGGGAAAGGGGUCACCGCCGGGAAACUGGCCAUCAACGUCCAGAAGAGACUCACCAGAGCGCAGGAGAAGGUCCUGCAGAAGCUCGGCAAAGCAGAUGAGACCCGAGACGCCGCCUUUGAGGAGAUGGUGGCCAACUUCAACAAGCAGAUGACAGAAGGCACCAAACUGCAGAAAGACCUGAAAGCCUACCUGGUAGCGGUGAAAACGAUGCACGACGCGUCUCGGCGGCUUCAGGACUGUCUCGCUGACAUGUAUGAACCCGAGUGGUUUGGCAAAGAGGAGAUGGACUCGUUGACAGAGGACACAGACACUCUGUGGUUAGAGUACCACCAGAACCUCACAGACAAAUCUUUGACCACUCUGGACUCGUACCUGGCUCAGUUUCCUGAUAUCAAGGCUCGUAUAGCGAAGCGCGACAGGAAGAUGGUGGACUUCGACAGCGCCCGGCAUCACUUCAGCUCCUUACAGAAAGGAAAGAAGAAGGACGAAGCCAAGAUCGCCAAGGCGGAGGAGGAGCUGGGCCGAGCUCAGAAGAUUUUCGAGGAGCUGAACGUGGAGCUACAAGACGAGCUUCCAACACUGUGGGACAAUCGUGUUGGCGUCUAUGUUAACACAUUCCAGAGCAUGGCACGUCAUCAGGAGAAGUUCCACGGGGAAAUGAGCAAGCUCAGCCAAAACCUGAACGACAUCAUGACCAAACUGGAAGAGCAGCGGGAGCUGAAAAAAGGUGGUACUGCAGCAGCAAAGACAGAAGAUGGUGCCAAGAGCGAGGAAGCCAACCACAGCGAAUCAGCCAGCUCACCACCAAAGGUAACAACAAGGCCCGGUCCUCCUCCCAGCCGGCCUCCGCCCCGACUGACGCCGUCUCCAGACCUGAGACAGCAGUGUGUCAGCCCGACGGAGGGCGAGGCCUCGGUGGCCGGCGCUAGCACAGACUCAACGACACAGCAGCAGUGUGAGCCCUGGUCAGGGGUGAACCUGCUGGACUGGGAUGUGGAGGUUUUACAGCCCGUCACAUUUCCAGCCCCCAAGGCGCCAUCAUGGGAGUCAUGGAGUGCGGUGACCAAUGGCUCAGAUGGCGAACUCCCCCCAGGAUUCCUCUACAAGGUAAAAGCGAUACACGAUUACGCUGCCACUGACGGUGAUGAGCUGGAACUGAAGACCGGAGACUCUGUGCUGGUUUUGGCCUUUGACAACCCAGACGAGCAGGACGAUGGCUGGCUCUUGGGUGUGCAGGAGUCUCACUGGGUGGAGAACAAAAAUAUUUCAGCCAAAGGCGUUUUCCCUGAGAACUUUACUCAGAAGGUUUGAGGUUAAUGCCACAAAGAGAUUCGCCCCCCGUCUGUGCCCCAAACUCCUCAAUGUAGAUCUAACUGGUAAAGACAUGGUCACUGAAUGUCUUCUCACACACCAAACUGUAUCGGGACAUGAUUAGAAACGUGCACUGAAACACAAAGCAGUGGCUAAAAUGAUUUGUGUCAGGCAGUAAAACUCUUCAGUGAGCUCAUGAACACGUUCACACAAAGCAAACAGAACUUUACAUUUGAAAAAUAAAAGGUACCCAGACUACUUUGCGGUAAAUGAUGCACAAACUUCCAAAAAUGUUUUCGUCAAAUCUUACAUGUAAAUAUUACAUGUAUUAAUUCAGGCUGUUCUCAUGAACAGUUCGUACGUAUACCAACGAAAAGAAGUGCAGCACAGUUCGUAUAUAACCCACGUAAUUUUCAAAGCUGAGAUCAUGUGACCAAUGAGCUAACAGCAAUAAAGAAAGAGCUAACCCACUUUACUAAACCAUAACUUACGUUGAGUACCUAACGAGACGACCCCCAACCAUAACUCUUUUCCAAAACCUUACCUACGUAACUUUACGUUCCUAAACAUAAACUACCUACCUUUACGUUAAAUACACAACUGAUGAUGCUUAACCAUGAUUUUUUUUCCAAAACCUGAACUACGUAACUUUACAUUAGUACACAUGAUGACGCCUAACCAUGAUUCUUUCCAAAACGUAACCUACAUAACCUUACUUUCCUAAACCUAAGCUAUGUAACUUUACUUUCCUAAACCUAGACUUCAUAACUUUACGUUAAGUACCUAAUGUGACGAUGCCUAACUGUGAUUCUUUUCCAACACCUAGCCUACAUAAUUUUACUUUCCUAAGCCUAAAUUACAUAAAUUAACUUCCCUAAACCACAGCUACGUAACUUUUUUAAGUACACAAUGUUAUGACACCCAAUGUUUCUUUUCCAAAACCUAAACUCUGUAACUUUAUUUUCCAACCCGAAACUACGUUACUUUACUAAAUAUAAACUACAUAAGUUUACGUUAUGUAGUUUUACUUUACGUACACAACCUGACAAUGCCUAACCAUGAUUUUUUUCGAAAACGUUAACCUGACUUUCCAAAACCUAGACUGUGUAACUUUACGUUAAGUACACAAUCUGACAAUGCCUAACCGUGAUUCUUUUCCAAAACCUAAACUACGUAAUUUUACUUUCCUAAACCAUAACUACAUAACUUUAUUUUAAGUAUGUAAUGUUAUGACAACCAAUGUUUUUUCCAAAACUUAAACUACGUGAAUUUACUUUCCUAAACCACAACUACAUAACGUCAAGUACACAAUGUGACGACACCUAACCAUGAUGCUUUUUCAAAAACUAACCGACGUAGCUUCGCUUAUUUAAACUUAACCUGCUUAACUUUACUUUUCUAAACUUACGUAACUUAAUGGUAUGUAUCUAACAUGAUGGCGCCCAACCAUGUUUCUUUUCCAAAACCUAAUUUUCAGACCAUAACUGUCUUAAACCUAACCAAUAUAACUGUACGUUAACCUACAUAACUUUACCUAGCCAUGAUUCUUUUCCUAAACCUAACCUCACUGGUAGGUGUGCUAAUUUGUGGGACUGAAUUCUUGAUAUAUUAUACGAACUGUUGUACGUGCAUAUUCGUAAGAGAUCAUACGAACAGUUGUUUGAGGACACGUUAAUUAAUUUUGUUUUGACUUCUUAUUCCUGAAUUAUUUAUAACCUGAACUGAAACAGAACACAUAAAAAAAUGUGUUGGUGAUUUUAAAAAAGGAGAAAUAAGUCAUGGACGUAUUGUACGAAUGUCAGAAUGUUUUAUGUUGUGUAUUGUCAACAGUUUUUAAGAACUUCUCACAGUUCCUUGCAUGAAGCAUUUUAUUGUAUUGUCAUUUAAGUUGUAACACAACAAACACUGUGACACCAGGUGGUAUUGCUCCAUAAAAUGUGGCUGAUUGAAAAACGCAGGUGUCCUAGAAUAGUGCCCUGGAGAACACCACAGAUACAAACAGGCUUUGCCUCGAGUUAUCAAAAUCUAUUACAGUUUCUUGGACUUGUAGGAUUAUCAAAGGGAACAGUAGUUUUUCAUUUUCUUUUCUGGACAUUUUGAGGACAUGACUUGAUGUGUGGCUUACAUUUUCUAAUGCAAAUACGCUUUUAUUUUGAUUUUUGAACCAUCUUUUCAUCAGUGGAUGAAAUGCAAAACCUUAUCAAACUCGCUGCUGAUUUUUUUUCUUUAGUUACCACUAUUUAUGACUAUUUACCACUAGUUUAGAUGUCAUCCUUUGAGACAGGAGAUGUAUGCUGUUUAACUCUUUAUAGACAUUUUCAUAUGAAUUUGACUCCGGCUCUCGGUGCUCUCUUGGAUAGGACAAAGGCAAAUCAAGUGAAGGCUGCAUACUCUGAGCCUGUGGAGUCCAAAACUGUGACACAAGAAGCUAAAUGAGACUGAGGCUAAAACAUUUUAACCUUUCUAACCUGCGUAAACCAAAGUUAAACCCAUGCAAACUGUAUUUUUACAAUGUGUGGUAUUAAUGAAUAAGGAGUCAGUCCAAGUGGUAACUACUGUACCGUCUGUUCAAGACAGUGUCAUUAAAGAUGAAUGAAACAUG